ACUGCAGGUGACUGAUUUCAUUACUUAUCGUACCUAACCUAUUUGUUAAAUAUUUGAACUUAAAAUACAUGUUAUCAGUUAAAUUAUACAUUUAUCUUAGUAGUGAAUAAAUAGCGAUCAUAAUUGUCCGCGCCGCAUCACGGUUCUUCCAGAAUGGUAGUGUCAUCGGAGACCCCAGCUCAGAUGGAAGGCGACACGGCGUCCAGUAAGAAAGCGGCCAAGAAGGCUGCCAAAGCAGCUGAGAAACAACAGAAAAAGGCCGAACACAAGGCAGCUUCAGCUCAGCCACAAAAUGAAUCAGAACCGGACUUCUCCGAAGGUCGAUACGGUUUGCUGAAAUUGAUUCAGUCGUCCGGUGAACACAGGGACAGGAUCUAUACUGAUGUCAAGGAUUUGGGAGUGAAGAUGGACGGGCAGGAGGUUUGGGUUAGAGCACGACUUCAAACAUCGCGGGCGAAAGGGAAGCAAUGCUUCGCAGUGCUUCGACAGAGCUCGAGUACAGUGCAGCUUCUGGUCAGCGUGAACGAGGAGCGCGCUGUUAGCAAGCAGAUGGUCAAGUUUGCUGGCAACAUAACAAAAGAGUCCAUAAUUGACGUCCGUGCGACGGUGGUGAAGACAGCAGCCCCGGUUGAGUCAUGCACGGUCCGGGACGUGGAACUCCUGGCGACCGAAGUGUGGACUGUGUCGGCCGCGCGCCCACAACUGCCUCUCCAGAUAGAGGACGCCGCGAGACCGGAGAAAAACGACGACCCUGAAGCGCUGAGAAUCCGUGUGAACCAAGACACGAGGCUGGACAAUCGUGUACUUGACCUACGCACUCCGGCCAAUCAAGCGAUAUUCAGGCUGGAAGCUGGCGUUUGUAGAUUAUUCCGUGAUAUACUUACUAGAAAAGGUUUUGUUGAAAUACACACACCAAAAAUAAUCUCUGCCGCGUCGGAAGGUGGCGCCAAUGUGUUCACUGUGUCGUACUUCAAAUCGUCGGCCUAUUUGGCUCAGAGUCCGCAGUUGUACAAGCAGAUGGCGAUCGCGGCUGACUUUGACAAGGUGUUCACAGUGGGCGCCGUGUUCAGGGCGGAGGACUCCAACACCCACAGGCACCUUACGGAGUUCGUGGGCUUGGAUCUGGAGAUGUCGUUCAAGCAUCACUACCACGAGGUACUGGACACCAUAGGGGCCACCUUCACCGAAAUAUUCAAAGGACUGAGGGACGAAUACGCGUCAGAGAUAGCGACGGUGGCGCAGCAGUUCCGCGUGGAGCCGUUCAAGUACCUGGACCCGCCGCUGCGGCUCGAGUUCCCGGACGCGAUAAAAAUGCUCAAGGAGGCCGGUGUGACCCUGGGUGAAGAGGACGAUCUGUCCACGCUCGACGAGAAGCUGCUCGGUAGACUGGUCCGGGCGAAGUAUGACACAGACUUCUAUAUUUUGGACAAGUAUCCCCUGGCUGUCAGACCGUUCUACACCAUGCCCGACCCUAAAAACCCGAAAUCGUCCAAUUCGUACGACAUGUUCAUGCGUGGUGAAGAAAUACUGAGCGGGGCGCAGCGGAUUCACGACCCGGAGUAUUUGAUAGAGAGGGCCAAGCACCAUGGCAUAGAUAUCAACAAAAUCGCCGCUUACAUCGAAUCCUUUAGACUGGGAUGCCCUCCGCACGCUGGCGGUGGUAUCGGUAUGGAAAGAGUGGUUAUGUUGUACCUAGGGCUGGACAACAUACGCAAGACUUCCAUGUUCCCGAGGGACCCGAAGCGUGUCACGCCAUAAAGAUUAACAGACAAGUGUACAUUUUAAUAUGUAUUUUAUAAGUUAUUUCUCUAUCGUUUUUUUUUUUUUUUGUAUAAUAUACAGUUAAUAAAAUUAUAUUAUGUU